AUGGAUAAGUGGAAAUAAUCUAUAUUUUAACCCCCAAGCUUAUUUUUAGAAAGAAAAAGAACAGCACAAUUUAGAAGACUUGAUCCAUUGCUAGUGGCUCCAUUAACAAAGUUUGAUCAUAAGGCCUUUGAUUAACUUUUCAAAUCUUAAGCUAACUAACACUUGAGAAUCAGAAAUCUUUCAUUAUAAUCCGAAAGAGUUCAUGAGACACCUAAAUAAAUAGGAUUAGAAGACAUUGUUUACAAAUUACAAAAAAUUCGUAAAUUAAGGAAUACUUGA